AGAUGGAGAUGCAGGUCAGCUGAGGAACCAGAAGAAAGAAAGACAAAAGAAAGAAGACGCGGAAGAAGAAGAAAAUACUUUGUCCGGUUUGACAGCUAAACACAACAUUAUAAACAUUAUAAACACAAACACUGAGGCUCUUUUUAUCUACCCUUGCUAGGUAGAGACUAGCCUUUUUGUUUUGCCCUGAGAAAUGCAUGGUGCUAGACCAGCAAGAAAAGCCCAGGAGGAUAAAAAACAGUGCAUAGACAGUUUAGAUUUAUGUAUCUAUAUUUAGCACAUUACAUUUUUAAUUCCCCAAAAAGCCCGGAGACCAAAUGUAAUGAACUUAAAACAGAAUUAAAGUGAAGUCUAUGAAUUUUGGAUGAGCAUGAUGUAUGAAAACACACCAAAAAAACUAUUUUAUAUUAAUUUGUUAAUAAUGCGUAUAGUAAUGCCUAUAGUCUAUAUCUUUAUAUAUUUAUAUACACUUACGUCUAUAGUUUUAUAAACUAUUGAGCCUCAGAUAAGACAAUAGGUGAGCCCUUGUGUCAAGGUGAACGUGGCCCAGCUGUCUGUGAGCUGUUUGUAAUAAGCUAAGCCCCUGAGCCGUUUUACCCCUGACACUGACACCCAGGUCCUCUCACACCUCGGGUUCCCCGCAACCACUGGGAUAACGUGGCCCCCAAACUCCCAAAUCCUGGACCAUGUCUUUCUUAAUGCAGCAGAUGCUCGGGGGUAAGUUAAAGAACAUGAUGGGAGGAGGAGGAGGAGGAGGAGGUGAGGACUCGGGGCCGGCGGCAGGAGACGGAAAGGAGACUGCAGAGUCUAAGGGAAUGACUCGAGAGGAGUUUGAGGAAUACCAGAAACAACUGGUGGAGGAGAAGAUGGAGCGGGAUAAGGAAUUUGCCACAAGGAAAGCAGAAAGAGCCAAUCUGAGAGUGCUGCUAAGAGACAAAUACAGGCUUCCACAGAGCGCACAAGACGACGCCACGGUUCAGAUAGCGGGCGACGACUUGGACGUGCCUGAAGAAUUAGCUAAAAUGGUGGACGAGGAUGAAGAAGAAGAGGAAAUCAAUGAUUCCUUUAUGGGCAGACUGCAAAACAUGGAAAUGGACUUUGAUACGAUCAAAGCCAAAGCUCAGAGCACGAUUACAGAAGUCAAGCAAGCAGCAGAAGAAAAGUGCGUCCUGAUGUGAGAUCGCAUUUUCUGUGAGCUUUUUAACUGGCAAGUCAGACAAAUCGAGUAGAAAUUUAAAAACACUCAUAUUUUAUUGAUUUCAUGAUCCAGGAAUUUCUAAUGACUGUAUGAAUCUGUGGAAGAAAAAGAAAAAACGCCGGUUUUUCAUACGACUCUGUAUCAUCACUCGUUGCCUUAAAUGGCAUUGUUUGGGACGUCAUGAACUAGUUUAAUAAAUUUAUACAAAAUUUGAAAAUAUAUAAAUAGUCGAUUCCGAUUCCACGAUCAUUUUCAUGUCAGUUACACAACACUGAUAGUGUGUAGAUUUUGUUCGGUUGCUUCGGUUACUCUCUAUUUUCUAGAAGCUUUUACAGAAUAUAACAUUACAUAUAUCUAUGCAGUAUAUCACACUACUAUAAAACUAUUUCUCAAAACAAGUUGAAAGAAAGAAACUGAUGUAUUUGACUGAGAAAUCAAGUUAGAAAGCUAACAGGAGUCCCAAGAUAUCAUCAUAUCGCACUAAGAGUUUUGCAACGAUUCUCUCUGUACCUUUUUCUCAGUUCUAUCUUUUGUAAUUCACAUUAUUAAAACAUGAGAUACUCAU